GGAGAGAGACUCAGUCUGCCCUUCGCCUCAGAGCAGAGGCAGUUCGGGUCCCCGCAGCAUUCAACGUAGUCGAAGAGGCACAAUACAGAGACUGUCACCACCAUUACUUCUCACUUACGGUCAUUUCAAGACGGAAACUUUUGACAAAAAACACCAACAGGUCAACGAAAGCGGCAACUCUUCUAAACUUGAAGUAUUUUGGAAAUCCUAAGAGACGGAGAGAAACUUUUUAUUUUAUUUUUUUUUUCUGGCGUCGUCUAUGAGGAGCUCUGCCAAAAAAAAAUCCAAGGCAAAAAAAUAUCAUAUGAUACAAGGUGGAGACAGUUGAAGGAGAAAAAAGAGAAAAGGUUAUUUUGAACAAUCGCGCCACAAGUCCACAAAGGAAAAGGUAUCGGCUGCGCUCAGUUGCAUGGCUUGUUGGUGCCUGCGAUAUCUCAUUUGCCAAAUAGACGAGACACCUCCAUACCUCCGCUAGUAAUAAUAAAUAGAUGUGAUAACUUCAGUUCUGGACGACCGUCUUCUGCCUAUACUUUAUUCGACAGUGACUUGAGAUUCCUGCGAAGCAAUUGGGCUUCAACUCCCGACCGAGGAGGCGGAGUCUUAACUUAUUAAAAGGAACUUGCUGAGGCUUGGACGCCAGCAAAUAUGAUGAUGAUGUCUCUGAACAGCAAGCAGCCUUUUGCCAUGGCCCACACCAGCUUGCCCGAACCCAAGUAUUCGUUGCAUUCCUCCUCAUCAUCCACUUUGACUUCCAAUGCACCUUCAUCCUGCUCGUCCUCCCGACACAGCAGCACCAUCAUCAGCAGCAGCGGCAGCAGCAGCUCGGAGGCGAUGCGCCGAGCCUGUCUCCCAACCCCACCGAGCAAUAUAUUCGGAGGCUUGGAUGAGAGUUUGUUGGCCCGGGCUGAAGCUCUAGCGGCGGUGGAUAUAGUCUCGCAGACCAAGAGCCACCAUCACCCUCCACAUCACAGUCCCUUCAAGCCGGACGCAACCUACCACACCAUGAACACUCUCCCCUGCACCUCGUCUUCCUCCUCCUCCUCCUCGGUGCCUAUUUCUCAUCCGUCCGCCUUGGCUGGCCACCACCAUCACCACCACCACCACCACCACCACCAGCCUCACCAGGCACUGGAGGGGGACCUGCUGGACCACAUCACCCCGGGACUGGCACUAGGAGCCAUGGCUGGGCCGGAUGGCUCGGUGGUUUCCACGCCUGCGCACCCUGCCCACAUGGCGGGCAUGAACCACAUGCACCAGGCAGCCAUCAACAUGGCUCAUGCCCACGGGCUACCACCGCACAUGGGCAUGAACGACGUGGACGCCGAUCCUAGGGACUUGGAAGCCUUCGCGGAGAGGUUUAAGCAGAGACGGAUCAAACUCGGGGUUACCCAGGCGGAUGUAGGGUCAGCUUUAGCCAGCCUGAAGAUUCCUGGGGUGGGCUCCCUCAGCCAAAGCACCAUUUGCCGAUUCGAGUCCCUCACGCUCUCUCAUAACAACAUGAUUGCUUUGAAGCCCAUCCUGCAAGCGUGGCUAGAAGAAGCCGAGAAAUCACACAGGGAGAAACUUAAUAAACCCGAGUUGUUCAACGGCGCAGAGAAAAAGAGGAAGCGCACGUCGAUAGCCGCACCAGAGAAGAGAUCACUGGAGGCCUAUUUUGCCAUUCAGCCGCGUCCCUCCUCAGAGAAAAUCGCAGCAAUUGCAGAAAAGCUGGACCUCAAAAAGAACGUGGUGCGGGUCUGGUUUUGCAACCAGCGGCAGAAACAGAAACGAAUGAAAUACUCUGCAUGCGUCUAAAAUCGCUUUAAACCACCCACCAACGAAAAGACUUGGAACAGUUUAGAGACGAUUUGUAUCAUAUUUCCUAUCUCACACCUUUUUUUCAAUCAUCGAUGACUUUGUGCUUUGAACUUCGAAAAAUUCCUAAAAUUGAACAAUGACUGAAAAACUCGAAAACCCCCACAGUCACAUCUUUUACUCGCUGAGGGGGAGAUGUGGAGUCGAGUAAAGCAUCGUUUGACAGAGCAAGUAAGACCACUGUUUCCACACAUACUAUGCUUCACCUUUUUAAUGUCAACGCAGUAUGACUUACAGGACUCUAUGCUUUCAUUUUUAUUUAUGAUUUAUUUCAAAUGAGGACUAUAGUUUGCGUUAGAGCCCAAUGAAAAUAGCAUUGGUAUUUACACACAACGAGACUAGUUUAACUCAAAGCACUUGGUUGGUGACUAUUGGUGUUUAUAUUUUUGGCUUAUAGGAUAAGCUACAUUUUCCCUCCGAGUUCAUGACGAUGCAGUCUGACAUUUAUUCAGGGUCCAUGAGGGGAUUAAGAGGACAACACACUACUUGGUCUCGAAAGCUAAUAUUAGAUUACUGCCAAAUAACCCUCUGUAAAUGAAUAAUUUACUUGUCACACACUUCAUUUUGUGUCUAAAUGUGUAAUUAAUUCCACCUAUUUUGUUACCAUGUGUGAUCUAAGUCAGGGAUAUAUUUUCAAGAUACCUGGGGUUUGGAUUAAGGUAGGGUUGUUUAUUAUUAGGCCUCAGUAUGUGGAAAUAACGAAAUAGGAACUCACUUGGAUGUCCACCAGGAUGUCACAGAAUUUCCCAAUUAAAAAAAUAUGAUUUCUUGCCGGCUGCAAUAAGUUUACAAUCCAGCGUGGGCCUGUAUCUUAUGAACUAUUUAUUGAGUGAGGUCAUGUUUACUUCAUUACAUAUUUAUUGGGAUUCCCCCCACCUCGUUUUGCUUGAGAAAAUCAAAUUCUGACAGCAAGUUAAGCGUGUUGUUCUGGUUUAAAGGGAAACGACUGUGAAAUAUACAGUCACAAAUUUUAACUUACGAUUUCUAACGUUUGAGAUGGUACAAUCGAGAUAUAUAUGAGAUAGUAUUCUCUUUUUAAAUUAUUUUAUGUAUGUUUUCUGGUAUUUAUUUGUAUAAAUAUACGCGCAUCAUUAUGAAGUCGUUGCUUGUUAAAAUCACCUUGUUUAAGUAAUGUUUUUUCUUGAAGAGAAAAGAAACAGCUUCAUGGAAGUAUACGUGUACAAUGUAAAUAUUUCAUUGGAACCAGUCGAUGCACAUAAAUAUAUCCGUACAGGUUUUUGCUGUAUUGCUGUUUUAGCUGAGGUAACUUAUUUCUGUAAUGUAUGUUGCUUUAGGUUCCUGGUUAAAUAAUUCUAUUAAUUUAUUACAUCCAUGUAAUUUUAAUUUAUUUAAUUAUUGAACUGCAAUAUGUGUUUCAUUAAAGAACAAACUUUAACAUUUAA